AUGACUCCAAACACCGCUCAGAGCACUCCCGGUAGCUCACAGAACAUAAAUCAACUUCCCAAUAAGAAGCGCUUGCGUGACAUAGACGAAGACGAUAACGAAAAGACCCACCGAAAAACCAAGAAACACAAAUCGUCCCGAAAACAUAAGAAACACCGAACUUCCUCAGGUCGCAAAUCGUCCCGCAAAACUGUCAAGCCUAUCCCGGAGGAGAUACCAGAAACACCCCCUAAGCAGUCGCCAGUGCUUUCCGGGUUCACCCCGAUCAACAAGAGCCGAAAACAAAACCCUGUACCUCCACCAAUCCGGACUGAAACCCGGACUCCGCCAAAUACUAACCUAGCUCCAUCGGACACUGAAGGGAUCUUCCCGAGUAACUGGGGAGCAACCCUAACUGAUUCCGACUCCUUUCCCGACUUUAGUUCCGAACCCUCUGAACCAUACAUAAGUGACGAUCAAGACCCAGCAACAGGUCCAGCAACAGGCCCACUAGCAGCAGUCUCCACUGCUUCCUCAGCACGCAGCAGUGCUUCACCAGAGGCCCUUGUACGGACGACCGUACUUAGGGUUAGUGCUACCCCACCAGCACCCGCUAGUGCUCCACAAAAGAACGUUGCCCGGGAGACCAUAGUCCCAAGUCAAGUUCUCACUCGGUCCAAGUCUAGUGCAGUCCGCUCAACAGGCCCAGCAACAGGCCGCUCAACAGGCCCAGCAGGCUCUACUACUCCCUCACCAGCACCCGUCAGUGCUCCACCGAAGGUUCUUGCACCGGAGACCCCUACAUUCAAGCCCCGACGCCCCUCUCGGUUAUUUUCUAGUGCAAGCCCGUCCGAACUAAUAGACCACCCCUCACCAGUACGACAGAGACGAAUUAGACCCGAGCCAUCGCCGAUUGUCCAAGAGACAUCCCCGAGUGUUCAAGAGACAUCCCCGAGUAUUCAAGAGACAUCCCCGAGCUCGACCGCAUUCAAGAUGACUCAAGCAAGCAAAGCGAAGAUGACUUUAGGUCUACUCAACCUACCUAAAGUGUACACCAGCAUCCGCAACAGCCUAAAGGCGGAAAUGCAAAAUUGGCUCAUCGCAGAUGUUGGUAUGAAGGAUAGGUUAUCAAGGGGACAGGGAGACCGUCAGUUCAAAGAGGCUGCCGGUGAUAGUGAUGAUGAUGAUGACGGCGGUGGUCAGGCAGCCGGAAGACGCUCUCGCAAAGGGAAAGAGCGUGCAGUACCUCCGGAACUCGUGCGACCUUCCAUAAUGGUUACCGUGGUGGACCCCGAUGCUCUAGGGGCAUUCUUUAUGCUCAUAACUUUCCCCGAGCUAUGCAACUUGAUCCUGAAGCACACCGCACCCGGCAGAGCAGUCAGGACUAUCUGGGGGGCAAUUGAGAAUGUCCCCCCGGCAGCUGUUCCUCCCGUUCGGCCGGUGGAGGUACAAAUUACCGAUUCAGAGGAGCUCGAAGGUUGGUUGAAGAACAGCAAUGCCAGGCCUCGGAGGAUAUUGGCGGUCCUCCACAGAGCAGGCGCGGGUGCUAACCUGGGUGGUGCGGAAUCCCCCCCGUUGAACCCGGCUUUCCCUCACGUUGAGGAAGAUGAUUAUAGCAUGAUCGAUAUUCCUGCAGAGGAUUCGGAUUACGAGGAGGGAAAGCACCGGAUAAAUGCCAAAGGACUGAGGGUAUAUAUGCCUAGAACUGAUGCCAGUAAUCAAAGGCUAAUUCAGACUCUUGUUAGGCGUCGCGAUAGACAGCAGGAUGCUAUCGACGAUUUAGACCCCAAAUACCUUAGGAAGUAUCCUUUGGGUGUCGGGGUUGCUGACCCAAACUUCUUACAGGGGACGAUCUGGACACCUGCCGGGAUAGCAGCCAAGAGAGCUGCUGACGCACUCGCGGCUGCUGGUGCUGGAGGUGGUGGUGGUGGUGGUGGUGGAGGUGGUGGUGGUGGUGGUGGUGGUGGUGGUGGUGGUGGUGGUGGUGGUGGUGGUGGUGUGGUGGUGGUCUAG